AUGGCCUCGUACUCGCAUAUUCCCCUCACGCUAUCGAGAUCAAUAAGGUUGAUCCAUCUCGAAGCUGCGGCUCAUCUAACAGAUGUUUUGAGAUGCACUUUGACAGAAGUUGCCCUGUACUCGAAUCCAGUUUACAAGGCACUCUCCUACUCCUGGGACGCACAAACUCCGUCACAUCCCAUUGAAUGCGACGGUGCCACACUGCUCAUCACGCAAAAUUGCACGGCUGCCCUCCGGCGACUGAGGAGCGUGGGCGACCUGACUUUAUGGAUGGAUGGGAUCUGCAUCGAUCAGACAUCCACAGCCGAACGCAGCGCUCAAGUCGCACUCAUGCGAGACAUUUAUAAACAGGCUGCGGAGGUGGUCGUGUGGCUUGGAGAAGAGGAUGAGCCGAGCAAAAGGGCCAUUGGCUGUUUAGAAGACAUUGCGCUUAUGAGCGUGGACAAGGAACGCAUGGAGAGAUGUCUUCCGAUCUUGCUCGGCUUACAGGUGAAGAGGGAUUCAGACGACCCAAUUGGCCCUUUAUUCAAGUGA